UAUCUCCCAGCUCCCAGCUGGAUUUGACGCUUUCAACAACAGACGUGCCGCGUUGCACGAACUCUGAAUUUUGACCCUUUCGGUCGAUUUUGAGUGCUGUUCUGAAAAUAUCCACGAUGGCAGACAUAUAUUCUAUUCUGCUGCCCACCUACAAUGAGAGGGAAAAUCUGCCCAUCAUCAUUUACCUCAUUAUCAAAGCCAUGGAGGCCAGCAAUCUCAAGUACGAAAUAAUUGUGAUCGACGAUGGAAGCCCUGAUGGUACACAGGAAAUUGCAGAAAAACUUCAAAAGUUCUAUGGAGAGGAUAAAAUUGUGCUUCGUCCACGAGAAAAGAAACUUGGUCUUGGAACAGCUUAUAUCCAUGGGAUUAAACAUGCCAAAGGCAAUUUUAUCAUCAUCAUGGAUGCUGACUUGUCCCAUCAUCCAAAAUUCAUUCCUGAGUUUGUAAAAAAGCAAAAAGAGAAAGACUAUGACGUUGUCUCCGGCACAAGGUAUUUGGGAAACGGAGGAGUUUUCGGCUGGGACUUUAAGAGGAAGUUGAUUAGCUGCGGCGCCAAUUUCUUGAGCCAAUUCCUCCUUCGUCCAGGAGCCUCCGAUCUAACUGGCAGCUUCAGGUUGUACAAGAAGAAAGUUUUGGAGGAACUGGUGCACUCGUGCGUUUCCAAAGGCUAUUCCUUCCAAAUGGAAAUAGUUGUGCGGGCGAAAUCAAAGAAAUACACAAUUGGAGAGGUGCCAAUAUCCUUUGUGGAUAGAGUUUACGGCGAGUCCAAACUGGGAACGAACGAGAUCUAUCAGUUUGCCAGCUCACUUUUGUACCUUUUUGCUACUGUUUAAUCACGGAAGAAUUUUUCUGGGACCAUUCCUUUUCCGUUUUUGUAAAAUAUGUGAAAAUUUUCAUUAAAUAUUAAUAAAGUUAUUGGUAUAUUUUAACUUC